UCCGCGACGCCGCGGGCACCUUCAUCCGCCCAUCCUUCGGCUCCCUGCUCGCCGCCGCCAGGAAAGGCCACGGCAACUGAGCGAGCGCCAGCAUCAUCAUCAUCAUCAUCAUCUUCAGCAUUCAGCAGCAGCAGCAGUCUUGUGGUGGCUGUUGUAAUUCAGUUGAACUGUGACCAGCACCUUGUUCUGAAUCCAGUGUGAUUUGUGAGACAGAUGUAGUUGACGCUAUGGCGACGAACAGCGAAUUUUAAUAAAGAGUAUCCUAGAGUUUCAUCA